AUGGAUAUGAUAACGAAGAUGGUGAUGGAGAGACCAGUGGUGAUAUACAGCCAAAGCUCAUGUUGUAUGUCUCACACGAUCAAGACUUUGCUAUGCGAUUUCGGAGCGAAUCCAGCCGUUUACGAGCUUGAUGCGAUGUCUAGAGGAAGGGAGAUUGAGCAGGCGUUGUUGCGGCUCGGGUGUAGCCCGGCGGUUCCGGCUGUUUUCAUCGUAGGAGAGUUGGUCGGUGGAGCCAACGAGGUCAUGAGUCUACACCUUAAUGGAUCCUUGAUCCCUAUGCUUAAGCGAGCUGGUGCAUUGUGGGUUUGA